AUGUACCCACUCCUCGUGUGCGCUGACCUGUACGGGGAGAAAUACAAUUUGGAGGUAAGGUUCCCUUCAAAACCGACCAUAGAAGAUCUCCAGAAGAGAAUAGUUACUGUGUUUUCUACAGAAAUGGACUCCCGGCGACCAGAGGGGUACCCUGAGGCGGACUUUAGCAUUGCAUUAGUUCACAUUUACGACGAUAAAUCUCAACAAUGGGAGAAACUUCUUAGUGACGCGCAGCUGCAUGAAUAUGACCAACUCUACGUAUUCCAGCCCCAGACAAGGUGGCAUAUGGACGUCCAAAAGAAUCUUCCCCCUCCCACAACUCCUUCAAAAGACCAUAGAACUGCUACACCUCAUUCGAUAUGCAAAUCACCACAAUCAAAAGGUUGUGAUGACGUAUACUCUUUUUCACAGAAUUGUGAAGCAACUGUAACAGCGAAAACACGGUUGGAGGAGCAGCGGCGACGCGAACGAGUGCUCAGAGAAGAGUUAUUUCGUGUCAGAGAGGAAACGGAACGGCUGGAGCGAGAGGCUGCGUUGGAGCUAUCGCGGAAGCGUUUGCUCAAAUGGCAGGUAAUGUACACAAGUACUUCACACAAAGAGACAAGUGGUAUUUACAUGGCUAGUAUGUGUAAUUAUCCACCACUGGGAGAAUGUCUUUACACCGUCGAUGCGCCAAAACCUGUUUCGCCUGGCCGCUAG